UUGAGUUCGAGGUUGCAAGGGUGCCUGGGUUGUUGUUGUGAUGUUUUGUAUUUUGUUGCUUUUAUUUGUCAUAGGCUGGUCCUGUUGACUGGGGAGAUGGGGAGCGAUUUCAGCCAACAGAUCUGUUGUGUGACUUGUUGGAGAUGCAAGAAGCAGGAGGCAGAGGAAGCAUUUGAAGAGACCAGUGAGACCAAGCCGAUCUUGCAGACCUCGGGGGAAACAUCGAUACGCGUUGACAAGCAGCCUCCCACGCAGGUCCCGGAAGCCUCCGAAAGAGGCCCUGAGGAGGUGGAGUCACUGUGCUGGGACCACAGGCUGCUGGCUGGCAUCGCAAAGGACAGUGGAGAGACCUGCCCUGAUGCAGAACCUGUGGGAAUGACUGAGGGUCAGAAGGCAGCCUGGGACUUCGCAGAUUUCUUUGUGGCCUCUGCAGUUAUGGACACCAAAGGAGAAGCUGAAGUCUUAACCCAAUUAGAAAACCAGCAAAAAAGGGAGAAAGCGGGUAACACAGAAGAGAUGAAAACUAUUCCUCAGGCUUCUGAGGCCCAGCCUGUUUUACACACAGCUCAGGAUGUUAAGCUUAUUGCAGAUAAAGGACAAUUUGGUGAACAGGCUGAGACUGGCAGUGAGGAUGCCCCAUGUGCUGAAAUAACUCUCCAAGAAACAGAUAUUCCCAAGCUGAAGCAGACCACUGGUGAGACUGCAGCUGGCCCUGGCUGUGAGAUCCAGCCUCCUGCAGAGACUGGUGAGAGUCUGAUGGGAAGGGACCUGUCACUGUAUGCUGUGCUCACGGCAGAGGAGACUGGGACCUACCCUCCUGCUGAGCAUACAGAAGAGACAGAGGGGGCUAAGCCUGCUGAAACAAGUCCUCAAUCUGCUGAGAGGGCCAAGCUCAUGUGUCUCUCUGAGACAGCAUCUCUACCUACUGUGCAGGCUACACAGAAGGCUAAGGAGACGGCGGAUCCUUCAGAAGUCGUACCGAAAGAUAUGUCUGAAAUGCAAUUUACUUCUGCGAUCUCGUAUGAGUGCCUGUAUACAGGAGGGAAAUUUCUAGAGCCAGCAAACCAGCUGCUUGACUUCUCAUGGCAAGAGAUCCAGCCUAGUGUGCUGACUGUGCAGGAGGUGCGGAGCCACUGCAGUACAGAGCCUGCUGAAGUAGGGGAGGUGGUUGGUCCUUCAGGUGACCAAGACAGAGUCGUCUGUGAUCUGGUGGAAGAUGAAGAGGUGACGGAAUGUGAUCCAAAAACUCCAGCAGCUGAGGCAGGGCAGCAGCAGAGAGUCAUGCAGCAAAUCACAGAUGAACCAUUACCUCGUACGGAGAUCGCUGUGGAAGAGGAAGCAGAGUGCCCGGAUGUGGCACCCUUGCUGUCUGAGGUACGUGGAGUGCAGUAAAAGUAGAGGUUGAGAGUGCUGAAGUGUGAGACCUGAGGAUACCACACCUAGGGGCAAGGAUGGUGCACCUGCCUUUGCAGAAUUUCCUCCAGCUCAAGCUAUUGAACCAAGAACUUUGCAAGAUCUGUCCUGGACUCGAGAGAACAAUCUCACCAAACUACAGCAGUAUGAAUUAUGCAGUAGAUGUUUCCAGAUGUUCUCCUGAGUCACAGCUCAGCUCUUGAUGGUUUUUUCUUUCCUUCCCAUCUUUGAGUAGUUGACUUUUCAGGAGCUUAUGCUUUUAUUGGGAGGGCAAUCAUUCCGUUAAGCAACUGUGGCUAACAAACGUUGGGCACCGCAUUCCCUCAGCGUGGUAUGGUGAUAGGUAGUCACUUCUCACAAUCUUAACAAAAGCCUGGGCAUGGAGUAGACAAGUGCUCCUUUAAUCCAGCCCAGUCAGGAGCUUGCUACUAGGCUACAACCAUUUCCUCUGCUACCACUAAUCAAAUAUGCUUGAACUAUGUCCCUGAACACUUUUGUUGUAUGAUUGAUAGUCACUGCAUUACUGUCAGUAUUGAACAAAUACAUUCAGAAGAAGGCAAUGAAAUACUAAUUCUGAUUUGUUCUAUGUAUCUGUAAUAGUGCAAGUGUUGAUAUGAGUUAUAUUUAUGCAGAAGUUUAAAAAAAUGUAGUCUUCAUCAGAAUGCAUAAGGUCAGUGUAUUGCAGCCUAAAUCUACUGACUUUUAA